AUGGCUCCCCAAAGAUGUAUAACCCAAACUGACUGGUUCAUGGGUGUGCCGAUACCAGAGAGCGAAAAGCCAACAGAUUCCGACGAAGGCUUCUUCGUGGCACAGCCUCAAACACCGCCCGACCAAAUCUCCGAGAAGACGAUCAAGAAUUGGGAAUGUUCCAGAUACCGACUCAAAUUUGCUCGUUUGUUGGACUUUGAUGGAGUCUUGCGAACCGCUAGCCUAUUGUCUCGGUACCUUGGCUUCUCCACACGCCAACAGUUUUACUAUUUUGUUGACUUUAUUGUAAGCUACAGACGUGGGCAUCUCAAGUCUCUGACGGUACGAAACUGGGCCAACCUUGACGAGCUUGUUCCCGUUCUCACUGUAAUUGCUUGCAUGUACAAGUUGAUCAUGUCCAACCUUUUAAGAUUCAUGGAGUCAACAGUGGGUUUGGAAAACGAGUGUGUAUGGGACAUCCAUCAUGAAGACUGGCAACGCGCCUACGCGGUCAUCGCUUUCGUCAAAACCCGCAGAGCAAACUUCAAUAGAUGUCCUCGUGCCGGUUCACCUAAAUACACGGCCUGUCGGAAAUUCACACCAGAGUGUUUUGCCUAUGCUUCGCCAGACGUCAUCGAUCCCGUGGCCGCAAGGCAAGGGAAUGUAACCGACAACAGUGAAGAAUGA